AUGUGGGCAUCUACCCAGACUACCUAUCCAGAUUACCUACCCAGACUACCUACCCAGACUAUCCACACCCAGACUAUCCACACCCAGACUAUCUACCCAGACUAUCUACCCAGACUAUCUACCCAGACUACCUACCCAGACUAUCUACCCAGACUAUCUACCCAGACUACCUACCCAGACUAUCUACCCAGACUAUCUACCCAGACUACCUACCCAGACUAUCUACCCAGACUAUCUACCCAGACUACCUACCCAGACUAUCUACCCAGACUAUCUACCCAGACUACCUACCCAGACUAUCUACCCAGACUACCUAUCCAGAUUACCUACCCAGACUACCUACCCAGACUAUCCACACCCAGACUAUCCACACCCAGACUAUCUACCCAGACUAUCUACCCAGACUAUCUACCCAGACUACCUACCCAGACUAUCUACCCAGACUAUCUACCCAGACUACCUACCCAGACUAUCUACCCAGACUAUCUACCCAGACUACCUACCCAGACUAUCUACCCAGACUAUCUACCCAGACUAUCUACCCAGACUACCUACCCAGACUAUCUACCCAGACUAUCUACCCAGACUACCUACCCAGACUAUCUACCCAGACUAUCUACCCAGACUAUCUACCCAGACUACAUACCCAGACUAUCUACCCAGACUAUCUACCCAGACUACCUAUCCAGAUUACCUACCCAGACUACCUACCCAGACUAUCCACACCCAAACUAUCCACACCCAGACUAUCUACCCAGACUAUCUACCCAGACUACCUACCCAGACUAUCUACCCAGACUAUCUACCCAGACUACCUACCCAGAUUACCUACCCAGACUAUCUACCCAGACUAUCUACCCAGACUAUCUACACCCAGACAAUCUACCCAGACUACCUACCCAGACUACCUACCCAGACUAUCUACCCAGACUAUCUACCCAGACAAUACACACCCAGACUAUUUACUCAGACUAUCCACAACCAGACUAUCUACCCAGACUACCUACCCAGACUAGCUACCCAGACUAUCCACACCCAGACUACCUACCCAGACUAUCUACCCAGACUAUCUACCCAGACUAUCCACAUCCAGACUACCUACCCAGACUAUCUACCCAGACUAUCUACCCAGACUAUCCACACCCAGACUACCUACCCAGACUAUCUACCCUGACUACCUAUCCAGACUACCUAUCCAGACUACCUACCCAGACUAUCUACCCAGACUAUACACCCCCAGACUAUCUACCCAGACUACCUACCCAGACUACCUACCCAGACUAUCUACCCAGACUAUCUACCCAGACUACCUACCCAGAUUACCUACCCAGACUAUCUACCCAGACUAUCUACCCAGACUAUCUACACCCAGACAAUCUACCCAGACUACCUACCCAGACUACCUACCCAGACUAUCUACCCAGACUAUCUACCCAGACAAUAUACACCCAGACUAUUUACUCAGACUAUCCACAACCAGACUAUCUACCCAGACUACCUACCCAGACUAGCUACCCAGACUAUCCACACCCAGACUACCUACCCAGACUAUCUACCCAGACUAUCUACCCAGACUAUCCACAUCCAGACUACCUACCCAGACUAUCUACCCAGACUAUCUACCCAGACUAUCCACAUCCAGACUACCUACCCAGACUAUCUACCCAGACUAUCUACCCAGACUAUCCACAUCCAUACUACCUACCCAGACUAUCUACCCAGACUAUCUACCCAAACUACCUACCCAUACUACCUACCCAGACUAUCUACCCAGACAAUACACACCCAGACUAUUUACCCAGACUACCUACCCAGACUAUCUACCCAGACUAUCCACACCCAGACUACCUACCCAGACUAUCCACACCCAGACUAUCUACCCAGACUAUCCACACCCAGACUACCUACCCAGACUACCUACCCAGACUAUCCACACCCAGACUACCUACCCAGACUAUCUACCCAGACUACCUAUCCAGACUACCUAUCCAGACUACCUAUCCAGACUACCUACCCAGACUAUCUACCCAGACUAUACACACCUAG